AUGACGAGACGAUUGACGAGAACAUCGCCCGAGACACAAAAGUCGGCCGCCACCCAAGGUGAAUCGGCCGAUCUUAGCCCGAGACAAGAGAAUCCAACAUCAGAACAGGUAAGUGUCAGCCGAUUCGACCCCGAAGAAAGAGAACGUCUACAACAUCAAGAACAACCUGACAUCUACCAGAUAAAGGCUCACUUCAAAUUGGCGCCCAACGUAUGA